UCCAGGGACACCCACAGAGAGGGGCAGCUGCCAUCCUUGGUAGUUCCCACCUCUAGGAAACAGUGGCAAAGAUGGUGAGGAGCCCAGUCUAAGAAAGACAGCCUCGGGGAGGCGCGGGGGGGGGGGGUCAGUGCUGCCCUCUGCCAAAACCUUGCUUCAGCCGGGAGGCUUCAGCCUCUUAGCUCCUCCUCCUCCUCACCGCCCUCACCUCCCCAAAGCAUACAGACACUUGACACUCCUGCUCACAGCAAGCGUCCACCCACUCCAGACUUGGGCCGUGGCUGUGGGAGCCUGAGAAGGCUAGAAGCAGUCUCUUAAGCUAGUUUCGCACAUUGUGCUGCCUGCCCGCUCUCCCCAGAGCCUAGGCUGCCAUCUGCAGGACAUCACAUCCAACCAUGUGGCUGCCUCUGUUCCUGGGUGCCUUGCUGUGGGCAAUGGUGUGGUUGCUCAGAGACCGGCAGAGGCUGCCUGCCAGCGAUGCCUUCAUCUUCAUCACUGGCUGUGACUCGGGCUUUGGUCGCCUUCUGGCACUGCAACUUGACCAGAAGGGCUUCCAAGUCCUGGCCAGCUGCCUGACCCCCUCUGGGGCUGAGGACCUACAGCAGAUGGCCUCCUCCCGCCUGCACACAACACUGCUGGAUGUCACCGAUCCUGAGAACGUCCAGCAGGUUGCCAAGUGGGUGAAGACACAUGUUGGAGAAGCUGGGCUCUUUGGUCUGGUGAAUAAUGCUGGUGUCGCUGGUAUCAUGGGGCCCACGCCAUGGCUGACACAGGACGAUUUCCAGCGAGUGCUGAGCGUGAACACACUGGGUCCUAUUGGGGUCACCCUUGCCCUGCUGCCCCUACUACAGCAGGCCCGGGGCCGGGUGGUCAAUGUCACCAGCUUCUUGGGUCGCCUAGCAGCCAAUGGGGGGGGCUACUGUGUUUCUAAGUUUGGCCUGGAGGCCUUCUCCGACAGCCUGAGGCGGGACAUGGCUCCAUUCGGAGUACAAGUCUCCAUUGUGGAACCUGGCUGCUUCCGAACCCCUGUGACCAACCUGGAGAGCCUGGAGAACACCCUGAAGGCGUGUUGGGCCCGACUGCCUCCAGCUACACAGGCCCACUAUGGGGAAACUUUCCUCACUGCUUCUACAGAUCUGCAAGUGCAGCGCCGCCUCUUGAACCUGGCCUGUGACCCAGACCUUACGAAGGUGACAGGCUGCCUGGAGCACGCCCUGACUGCGCGUCACCCCCGAACCCGCUACAGCCCCGGCUGGGAUGCCAAGCUGCUCUGGCUGCCUGCCUCCUACCUUCCAGCCAGGCUUGUGGAUGCUGUGCUCACCUGGGUCCUUCCCCGGCCCGCCCGGUCAAUCUACUGAUGCUGGCUCUACAGCAAGAGGCUGAUUUUGAAGAGCACGGCAUUUAUUUCUGUCUCCACUGUGGUGCUGCCUGGUUUCUGACACAAUAAAUAUGUCUUGCUUUAAA